GUUGAAAAUAAUUAAAUCCACUAAAUAAUGAGACAACAAUACUUAUAGAUGACCAAUGAUCCGGCCCACUAACCGAGCUUCUGUUUUACGUAAACUGAACCAUCGCGUAAACAAACAUUCUUGUAUAUUCAUUAUGGAGCAGCAAAUAUUUUAUUUUUCAAUUAACUAUUGAUCAAAUAUUGGAAAGAUAUUUAAUAAUGAAUAACCACUCUUCAGAAACUAGUAUCAACUCUUACAAACAUGUGAGAAGUAGUGGGUAUUUGGUGCCGAAAUAUCGUUAUCGAAACCCGCCAUCAACGAUGUCCUGGUUAGAAGAUGACAUCGAUCUCAACGAUAUAGAAGGAAUGGAUCGAUCAAAAAGUCCCGAACCACAACUCGAUGAUUUUAUACAAAAAGUUUUGCAAACCAAGAGAAAUUCAAUCACUCGAACAAAAGAAAAGGCAUAUAAAAGCGCCCUGUACCUAGCAACAAACAUUGUAGCAGUAGCUUUUGAAAAUGAAUGGCUGUAUCCAAUGUAUAUCCGCAACACAGAGAGAGAAACCGAUCUCUGUGAUUUCAGAGCGGUAGAUAAAAAUGUUUAUGUUGGAUUGGUUCCUCUCAGAAAACCUAUCAGAAUGAACGCAUUCAUGGUAGCCUACAAAUCUCCGGGGGAUCUGCCUUCCCAUCGAAUGCUGGUUCAAAUAAACAAGAAAACUACAAAAGAAGAACGGUUGAAUAUUGUUAAUGAAUGGGGACAUUGUCUCGAUGCCAAUGGAGUUUUACGACCUGACUUUGUUCUUCAAUGGUUCAAUAGAGGGUUGAUAAAGUCUUGUGAAAAACUUGAAGUGGAAAACAAAAGAACACAGAAACUUGCGUUCCUGGAAACAAGUUUGGCUGAAGACGGUACCGUGUGGGUGCAUAUAAUUGGUUUUGAUCCUCAAGAGAAUUACAAAAUCAAUCUGGUUCCUUGUUUUUCUCUAACAGAAGUACCGAAACAGUUAAACAUAAACGCACCGAUCCCGAGCAGACGACCAUACACUGACGACCAAUCAAAGUUUAUUCAGGAGGUGCAUAAUGGAAUAAAAGAAGGUGAGGAGAUUUUGUUUCUGGAAGCAAGACUUGAAAAAUGGUGCAGCAAAUCGAGAUGUAGUCCAUCCAUUGAAAUAAGCUGGGGAGUACACAUUGGGCAACUGGAAGAUAGAUCGUUUGGUUUCUUAAAUACUUUGAAACCAAAAAGACUAUUUGAAGAUAUAAUUGUGCUAAUCAAUGCGAUAAAAGAAGAACACGUUGUUUGCCUUCAUGGAGUGACAAAUCGAGUCAUAAACCAUGCUGUAUUUUUUCAGUACCGAAAAAAUCUUGGGAAAUUCCAACAAAAGCAGGAUUGGUUUUUAGCCGUGCUUAAAACAAUACAGACACAACUAAAUCUUAAUACGUUCCCGAAUUUCUUUUUACAAAAGCAAAACAUUUUUAUUGAAAGCGAUGCUCAAAUAUUAAAGUUUAACAAGGACGAGAUCAAACGAUUAAUUACUUGUAUAACAAACAACCCCGAAUCUUUACUAUCUUAUUCCGGAUGCGAGGAAGCUAAACCUGAUAAUGAUGAUUGUGAAAAGUCUGAUGAUGAGAAAGAAAGUAGUGGUGAGAAAAACGGGGUUCAUUUUGAGGACUGAAAAAAAAGAAGUUGGAAAUGUUCAACAAUGGCAAACCUUUUGAUUGGAAGUAGUCAACAAUAAACAAGGAACAUAUUGUAUGUGAAAACUCAGUGUUUUCGGGAUUUUACGCACUGAAAAUCAAUCCUGUUGCAGAAAGUAGUUACAAUAAACAAUAUGACAAGUUGGAGUUAGGAAAAUAGCCAUAAAAUGGAAACACCUUCAUUCACAGUAUCUUAAAAGUGCAAAGAUUUCAUUCGAAGCAGAAUAUUUGAGCCUCAAAUUUGUCUAUUUUGUUUUAAUUUUCUAUUUUGUAUUUUGUUCGACACCUUUAUAUCAGUGAUUUUAAAGACUUAUAUUUAAAUCUAAUUUUCAAUAGAACGUAUCUCAAAUUUUUAAAUUGUA